AGAAACAGGCACUGGUGCUACAGACACAAGACAUUUCGAAAUGCAAAGAAAUUACAGUUUGAUAUGGUUGGUUAUGAUUGGACUCCAUGUAGCAAAUGGGGAAAAUUGUUCACCAGAGGAACUAGAAUGUAAAAGUGACAAACAAUGUUAUCCAAAGAAAAAUAGAUGUAAUGGGAUAGAAGACUGCUACGAUGGAACUGAUGAAUAUGAAUGUGAUGUAUGCAAUGGUGGGGCCGUUCAAUGCAUGGGCAGUUCAUAUCUGCGAUGUAUCCCUAGUGAUACGCGUUGUGACGGAAUUCAGGCAUGUCUACGUGCCGAGGAUGAAGAGAACUGUACUGUUUGUAACAAAAAUGCUUUCAAAUGCCCGAAAGAAGAAAGAUGUAUUCGAGAAGAGCGGGUAUGCGACGGGAGAGCUGACUGCAAUGAUUUUGCAGAUGAAAUGGGAUGUUUCGAAUGUGGUGCGGACGAGCUGAUAUGUACUGAAAGCCUAAAAUGUAUUCACGCUAACAAAAUACUUGAUGGAAAUAAUGACUGUGGAGAAUGUUCUGAUGAGAACUAUAGUGAUGAAUGUUUCUUUGGACAGGGACAAGGCUAAAGUCUGGAGAGAAGUUGUUAACAUCAUGUAGAUUGAUUAUUCGGACAUAUAGAGAUGGAAGACGAAAGAAUUAGAAACAACUUAGCUUUUAUUUCUAGAUUUUAAGCACAUAAUAUUUUGAUUAGAACAUUAUUGGCAAAUAUGUAGCAUUCCUUAUAUUUUGCCCAUUAUGCUUAACUGAGUAAUUAUUUAUUUCUGUGUAACCAUCUUGUUUCCCUGAAAUAUGUACACUGUAUUCUUACUUUUAGCUAUAAAUAGAAUGCAGAAAAUAUUUCGAUGUGCAUUUUUUUUUAUCGUUGAUACAGUUGUGAAGGUAAACACAUGAAAAAUUAUAAAUUUGAAGUCACAUUUCAAAGAAAUACGUCAAUUACAGGAGUAUAGUCUACAUAAAAUAAAGCACAACCAAUUGUCUAAACUACCUAUACACGAGUCAUUUUUGUUACAGAUUGUAAUCAUGUGGUUUUAGCUUAAAAGAUGCACAAUAUACCAGAGGGAUAUCAUUGAGGAACACGAUUAUGUAAAAUACCAACAGGCAUAUCAAGAUCAAGCAAAGCUCCCUAUGUUAUAUAUAUAUAUAUAUCAAUUUAUAUCUAAGGUUAUAUGUCAAUGUAUAUCCUUGUUGGAAAAGCUUAGGAUUGUUUUACAAAAGGCAUAUAUUACCUUAACUGUAAUUGUCAAAACCUUUCCGAUUUUUUUCUCUCAAACCUUGUACUUGAUUUGAUCUUUUAUUGGUUUUAUUCGAAAAUUAUAAGCCUGAUAUCUUGGAUGUGGUUAUUUUCUAUACGAUGAAAUGUGGUUCGCCCUUUACCAAUGUGGGUAUAUGCACUGUCUUACUUUGACUAAUACUUUACUUCCUUUGUACAUUAGUUGUUUUCUUAACAUUUUUAUACAGACUUGUGGGUGAACAAAGCUUUUGAAAUGUUAUUGAACUGAUAUUCUGGAUUAAAGACCCAAAACCCUCUAUUUUGGGUAGGUGGAUAUUGUUAUGUAUUUUAUAUGUAGCGGUGUGUACUAUAAUCGGACUGUCACACUUUUUACAUGUUUUAACAGCCAAUUCAAAUUAAAAAUUCACAAUUAAGACUCCUUACUUAAUUAUUAUGUCAAUUCCUGAA